CUGGGCCAUAACACUAUCUUGCACACCCAAGUCCUCCUAAUGUAAACGAUUUGGCACCAUGUUAUUCGCUUUCGCACUAUUAUCGCUCGUUUCCGUCUUCUCCCUUGGGUCCGCUUAUACUGAUCUCAGCGACGACACCCUUAAGAACCUGCCAGGUCCUGGCGAUGAUUUCGAUAUCAAGACAGGCUCCAUAUUAGCGCCAAUAUUGCGCCCUAGAGUAUCGGGAACAAAGGGCAACAGGGCGGUGCGCCAGCACUUCGUCGACUUUUUUAAGUCGCAACUACCGGAAUGGCGGAUCGAAAUGCAUAACUCGACUUCAACAACGCCUGUGAGCGGGGGAAAGCAAGUGCCCUUUGUCAACUUCAUCGCUACACGCGACCCACCGGGUAGCCUUCAGGGCGAUGUCUCGAGACUAGCACUAGUCGCACAUUACGACAGCAAGUACACGCCAAAGGGCUUCAUAGGAGCGAUCGAUAGCGCGGCACCAUGCGCUAUGAUCAUGCAUGUUGCGCGCAGCAUCGACGCAGCUUUGACUAAGAAAUGGGCUGCUCACGGCGGGGACGACUUUGAUGUAGAACACAAGGGUGUACAAAUACUAUUGCUGGACGGCGAGGAGGCCUUCAAAGUCUGGACUGAUGCUGACAGUCUCUACGGUGCUCGUGCACUUGCUGAAGAUUGGGAGUCGACCUUCCACACCGCCGCAUCGAUAUACCGUACCCCUCUCGACUCGAUCGAGCUCUUCCUCCUACUUGACCUUUUGGGCUCUGCCCGGCCGCGCGUACCGUCCUACUUCAAAACUACCCAUUGGGCGUACAAACACAUGGCGCGUGCAGAGGAUCGCUUACGGAAGCUGGGCCUGAUGAAGUCUUCUCCCAACCACGCCGCUAAGAUGGCCAAGCGUGAGAAUAAGAAGCCGCGCCGCGAGCCACACUUCUUGCCUGAAGGCAACAAGGCCGACGAUGCUUUCAUGGGCGGCUUCGUGCAGGACGAUCAUGUUCCCUUCAUGGCUCGGGGGGUGGAUAUUCUGCACAUCAUACCUACUCCUUUCCCAUCAGUAUGGCACGAAAUAAUAGAUGAUGGAGAGCAUUUGGAUAUGGACACUGUGGAGGAUUGGACGAGGCUGGUCAUGGCGUUUACGGCCGAGUGGAUGGACUUGGAAGGUUUCCUGAACUUCAACUCAGAAGAACGGAGAGAUACCUCGAAGUCGGAAUUUGAGAUACCCUAGUAUUCGAAUGCAACUACCUGUUUCAUUGUUAGGGUAGCGUGAGACAAUGCCCGGUGUCUGACUUUUGUUCUGC